CGUUUCUUAACUGCAAAAUCAUGUUAAAACUUUGACACAACUAACUGAAGCGUACAUCGUCAUUGCAUUAAUUUUUCCUUUGAUUGUAACAUAAUAAUCAUCAAACAUCGAAAGUCAAAAUGAUGAAAUCAUUUUCGUUAAAUCCGAAGAAAAAGAAAGAUAUUGAAAAGCAGAAAAAAUUGGCCGAAGAAGAAGCUUGUGCCGAGGCGUAUGAAGAAUUUGUCGCUACAUUUGAAACACCAAAAUCACAGUCCAAACUAUUCGUUCGUGGUACUGUAAUCAAUCCGAAUUCUGGUCAGGAAUUAAGUGCUCAAAACUCUGGUAAAUUUUAUAAGCCAGAAAAACUUGAAGAAUUGGAACGGAAAAAAUCACAAUCACAUGAAUCCAGAAGUAAACAUGACAACGAUAAGAAAUCAAGUCAUCAUCAUCAUUCAUCGACAUCACCAUCAAACAUUCAUGAUAAACCACCAAAGAAAAAAGGUGAUGGUAAGAAAAAAAGCAAUCUUGAAAUAUUCAAAGAAGAACUAAAGAUGUUACAAGAAGAACGUGAAGAACGAUUUCGACAACGAAACAAUGUAAAAGAAACUAAAUCAUCUAAUCAAAGUCAUAAAUCGUAUGAUGAUGAUUUGGAUGCAUCAAAUUGUAGUAACAGUAGCUUGACGAAAAAAACUGGAUCACAUGAUACAGGUGAUCCAAAUACGACAAACAUUUAUUUGGGAAAUUUAAAUCCAAAAAUGACCGAAACACAAUUAUGUGAAAUAUUUGGCCGAUAUGGUCCGUUAGCAUCGGUCAAGAUAAUGUGGCCACGUAGUGAAGAAGAACGAACUCGGAAUCGAAAUUGUGGAUUUGUUGCAUUCAUGUGUCGAAAAGAUGGUGAACGUGCAUUAAAAGCGUUGAGUGGUAAAACAUUCAUGGAUUAUGAAAUGCGAUUAGGCUGGGGAAAAGCUGUACCGAUUCCACCCACACCAAUUUAUAUACCUCCAACAUUACACGAUUUGAUCAUGCCACCACCACUUUCUGGCCUUCCGUUCAAUGCUCAGAUCCAUGAUGAAAAAGAUUUAGAAUUGCUAAAAAAUUAUGGAAAUGAUCCGCAAAAAUUAUUCCACGAAAAUCGAGAAGCAUUUGAUGAUUUAUUAACUCGAACUGUAGUCAAAGUAACAAUUCCUCAAGAUCGAAAUCUUCUGUGUCUAAUUCAUCGUGUAGUGGAAUUCGUAGUACGAGAAGGGCCACCAUUCGAAGCAUUAUUGAUGAAUCGAGAGAUUACAAAUCCACAAUAUUCAUUUUUAUUUGAAAAUCAAUCAGCUGCUCAUAUUUACUAUCGAUGGAGACUUUUUUCAGUUUUGCAAGGUGAACAUCCAAGUCGAUGGCGAACCGAAGAAUUUCGAAUGUUUGUUGGUGGAUCGUUUUGGCGACCACCGCCCAUCAAUUUAUUUCAACAAGGAAUGCCUGAAGAAUUGAUACCAAACGAAGAUGAAGUUAACAAUGAUUUCGAUGAUCGUCGAUCGACUUCGAGUUCUGAUUCUAGUGGAAGUUAUCAUCAUCGUCAUCGCCAUAGACAUCGUGAAAAUGGUUCAUCAAAAAAAUCGUCAAAAUCUAAGAAACGUCGUCAUAAAGAAUCAUCGGCCAAAUCAUUGUCAUCAUCAUCAUCGAAAUGUCAUCAAUUGAGCAGUAAAGAGCGAGAAAAACUUGAAGAUAUGUUGCGAGCCUUAAGUCCACAACGCUCAAAAAUUGGUGAUAUGAUGGUUUUCUGCAUUGAACAUGCCGAUUCAUGGGAAGAAAUUGUCGAAUGUAUAACAGAUUCAUUGUGCAUUUCAGAAACUCCAUUGUAUAAAAAAAUUGCCAGGCUAUUCUUGGUAUCAGAUAUUCUGCACAAUUGUUCUGUCAAAGUAUCUAAUGUUUCCAAUUAUCGUAAAGGAUUUCAAUCCAAAUUACAAGACAUUUUUCAAUCUUUCUAUCAAGCAUACAUUCAGAUUGAAGGUCGUUUAAAAGCCGAACAAUUCAAGCAACGUGUAAUGAAUUGUUUUCGAGCUUGGGAAGAUUCAGCUAUUUAUUCAUCCGAUUUUCUCAUCAAAUUACAAAACAUUUUUCUUGGAUUGACAAAGCCAUUAUCAUCCUCUGCUACGGUAUCGAAUCCAACAGUGUUGAAAAAUAAAGAAUUAGCAAGCAAAUCAUCAUUUUUAUUGCUCAACAAAUCUACAAAUGCUGAUGAUAUUGAUGGUGAGCCGAUUAUUGACCCCGAAUUAGAUGGAAUGGAAAUGACAUCGAUAAAUGAGACAGAUAAUCAGAAAUUAAUCGAAGACCCAUUUAAAAACAAAUUUAAAGCAUCAAAAUGGGAAACCAUCGAUCCCGAUGACCAAGAACUAUCAACACCGACAAAGCCACCAACAAAGAUAAGCUCAAAAUGGAAUAAAAAUCUCCAAGAUAUAUACGCAGCGGAUGAAUUGAUGGAUGAGUCAAAUGAUGCUGAUCAAAAUGUUGAGGAUAUCGAUGAUAUUGAUGGCAAACCUUUGGAAGAUGAUGAUUUCAUAGAAAAACUUGUUAAAGAUGAUAAAAACAAAAAUCCAACAACUACUUCUGAAACUUCAAACCUACCACGAGAAGUGCUAAGAGAUAUUGAGCUACAAGUUGUUAAAUAUCAGGAUGAGCUUGAAACAAAUGUUCGUUCUGGAAAAAAAGUGUUAGACUUGUAUGAAACAAUUGGUCAAUUGGUGGAAAAAUAUCGAAAUGAAUUGAUGAAAAAAGCAUUGAUAGCAAAUCAACCUUCAUCAUCUUUGGGUCGUAUGAGAUCCAGAUCAAGAUCUCGAUCACCUACAACAAAAUUGAUAUCAAGGCAUCAUUCAUCAUCAUCAUCAGCAACAACAUCAAUCCCUUCAUCCGCAUCAAAACGUCGUAGAUGACCGAAAAGCAGCAAGAAAUUUUCCUCAUUCUGAUUCUAUUUAUUUAACCAAUUUUUCUUGGAUAUUUUUAGAGACAACAAAUGUUCAUUAAAAAAAAUUGAU